AACUAGAAUGGACAAUUCUCCAUUAAUUUUCUCUGGUGCUGUUUCUUCCCCUUCCUUGUAUUCCACCUCUCUUGUAUCUCAAAAGGCACGUAAAUCAGGAAAGACUUCCGGGCUUAGUUGUUGAAAAGUAGAUGAAAAAGCUUGUAAAGCCUUGGCUUGCGACACAUCUGAAGACCGCUGUUCACAGUGUGUGUGUAGGUUUGAAAUAGUGACAGACUGAUAGACAGAUAAGAAUAGAAAUCAGUAGGAGAAGAAUGUUGUUCAUCUCUGCUCUCCAUCUCUCUCUGUCAAAUUCCCCUCUUAUUUUAUGAUGGUUCUUCUCAGCAUCUGAGUUGUAUGUCUUAUGGGAGAUCAGUUCAUCCAAAAUAAGCUAUUAAUGUAGCCCUUGUGGGACACACACACACACACACACACACACACACACACACACACACACACACACACACACACACACACACACACACACACACACACACACACACAGUUUAUGACAAACAAUUUCAAUCAAUAGCAUUUACAUCUUCAACUUUUGUCUUUUUUUUCUUCUUCUUGUGGAUUGAAAAGGGGGUUCAAUUCAAACAAACAGCCCAUGUUUAUUGCUUUGAGCCGGAUUUCACCAUGAAGGACUAAGGAACCCACACCACAUUUUGUGUUUUCAAGUGGCAGCUCUGUCUUUACUGUUGUCCCACUCCUCUGAUCACCACUAAAUUAAUAAUGAGUUACAGACAAGAGUUAAAUAGUCUUGACAAAGACCCAACGUACAGACCGAUGAUGGUGACUAAAUAAACGAGGGGAGCGACAGAAGAAACAGAAGAAGGGAAGGAGGAAGACACGCUCUGAUCUCCGCAUUGCCACGGCAACCGUUGUUCACACACGGAGUUGUCAGAGGAAACCUCGUCGCGCUGUAUCAUCCAGUGGAAGAAGACGGGAGGAUGAGUCAGAUGACAAGAGACGAUUGAGAGAGCGCCUCGCCCCUCUCCAUCUCUUUCUCCAUUCGUCAUUUCUCCAUUUAUUUUUUGAGUUCUCCUUACACACUCAAACUUGACACACGCACACUUGUUCAAUCUCGGUGCUCAUCCCCCACUCCAUAAGCCCUCUUCACGUCUACUCCUCUCUGCACGGCUUCCUCUGUUCAUCCUUCCCUCCACCCGGUGCUAUGAGAGGAGUAGUUGGGUCCCAGACCACACCACCAUGCCAGUUCUGAAGAGUAGAGAGGAGAUCUGGGCUGGCAAUGUACAAGGUACUGCAUUUACACUCCUCCACGAUGCUUGUCAGCCUCCUCUCCCCCUCCCCACUCCAGGACAGGCGCAUCACCUCCUCCUUCCCCCUCCUCCUCCCGAACACAGCUCUUCCCCUCAUCAGCAACCUCGCCUGGCCCUUCCUUCCCUCUCCCUCCCUCUCUCCCUCUCUCUCCUCCUCCUCUCCCUAUUCCUUCUGCCCAUCUGCGAGUCGGCGCGGUCGCCUGGGAGGGGCGGAGCUGGCCAGGGCGGAGGAGCACCAGGAGGUGCACCCGGGACGGGAGGGGCAGGAGGCGAGAAAGGAGGCCAGAGGGGAACAAACCUCAUCCCCCCUCACUACUCCCCUUACUACCCCCCAGUAUCCCCCAUCCGGCCCCCUGCGCCCCCCUUACCUCCCAAAGUGGCCUCCUCUCUUAGCAUCGCCGUCAUCCUGGUGGGCAAUUCUAGCGAGGUGUCGUCCACCUACGUGGAGAAAGAGGAGUUCCUCCAUGUUCCUCACCCUACCAAAGUCCAACUGGAGACCAUGAACGACACGGACCCCAAGAGUAUCAUCAACCGAAUCUGCACCCUGAUGACCAACACUUGGCUGCAGGGGGUGGUGUUCGGGGACGACACGGACCAGGAGGCCAUCGCUCAGAUCCUGGACUUCAUCUCUGCCCAGACACACAUCCCCAUCCUGGGCAUCCGAGGAGGCUCCUCCAUGGUCAUGGCUGCCAAGGACGAUCACUCCAUGUUCUUCCAGUUUGGCCCGUCCAUAGAGCAGCAGGCCUCCAUCAUGCUGAAGAUCAUGGAGGAAUACGACUGGUAUAUCUUCUCCAUCGUCACCACCUACUACCCCGGAUACCAGGACUUUGUCAACAAAAUCCGGAGCACCAUAGAGAACAGUUUUGUGGGCUGGGAGCUAGAAGAAGUCCUCCUGUUGGACAUGUCUGUGGAUGACGGAGACGCUAAGAUUCAGAACCAGAUGAAGAAGCUGCAGAGUCCUGUCUAUCUGCUUUACUGCACCAAGGAGGAGGCCUACACCAUCUUUGAGGUGGCAAACUCUGUGGGACUGACGGGAUACGGCUACACCUGGAUUGUACCGUCGCUAGUGGCCGGCGACGCCGAUAAUGUCCCCGCCGUGUUUCCCACAGGGCUUAUUUCGGUGUCGUAUGACGAAUGGGACUACAGUUUGGAGGCUCGGGUGCGGGAUGCAGUGGCUGUCAUCGCCAUGGCGACCUCCACCAUGAUGCUGGACCGGGGGCAACACACGCUGCUCAAGUCAGGCUGCAACGAGACCCCUAACAAGAAGGGCUCCAAACAAAGCAACUCCAAUGAAGUGCUCAAGUAUCUGAUGAACGUGACGUUCGAGGGACGUAACCUGUCGUUCAGUGAGGAUGGAUACCAGAUGCAUCCCAAACUGGUCAUCACCCUGCUAGACAAACAGAGACGCUGGGACAAGGUGGGUAAGUGGGAGAACAGCUCCCUGUCCAUGAAGUACCACGUGUGGCCCAGGUUUGAGCUGUUCUCCGAUGGGGAGGCCCGGGAGGACGACCACCUGUCCAUCGUGACACUGGAGGAGGCUCCCUUUGUCAUCGUGGAGGACGUGGACCCCCUCAGUGGCACCUGCAUGAGGAACACCGUGCCGUGCAGGAAACAGCUUAAAAUACUCAAUCAGACAGUACCUGGCCAGUACACCAAGCGCUGCUGUAAAGGAUUCUGCAUCGACAUCCUGAAGAAGAUUGCCAAGCAGGUCAAGUUCACCUAUGACCUCUACCUGGUCACCAACGGAAAGCACGGCAAGAAGAUCAACGGCACCUGGAAUGGAAUGGUCGGGGAGGUGGAGCAGAAGAAGGCCCACAUGGCCGUGGGGUCGCUCACCAUCAACGCGGAGAGGUCCGAGGUCAUUGACUUCUCCGUGCCCUUCAUCGAGACGGGGAUCAGUGUCCUGGUCUCCCGUAGCAACGGCACUGUCUCCCCCUCCGCCUUCCUUGAGCCGUUCAGUGCGGACGUGUGGGUGAUGAUGUUUGUGAUGCUGCUACUCGUGUCGGCGAUUGCUGUGUUUGUGUUUGAGUACUUCAGCCCGGUCGGCUACAACCGCUGCCUGGCAGACGGACGAGAGCCUGGUGGCCCCUCCUUCACCAUCGGCAAGGCCAUCUGGCUGCUGUGGGGCCUGGUUUUCAACAACUCUGUUCCCGUCCAGAACCCUAAAGGCACCACCAGUAAGAUCAUGGUGUCGGUGUGGGCCUUCUUCGCUGUCAUCUUCCUGGCCUCCUACACUGCCAACCUGGCUGCCUUCAUGAUCCAGGAGGAGUAUGUGGAUCAGGUGUCAGGCCUCAGUGACAAUAAGUUCCAAAAACCCAACGCCUUCUCCCCGCCAUUCCGUUUCGGAACGGUGCCCAACGGAAGCACGGAACGGAACAUCCGCAACAAUUACCCGGAGAUGCACCAGUAUAUGACCAGCUUCCAUCAGAAGAAUGUGAACGAGGCCCUGGCAAGCCUCAAGGGAGGUAAAUUGGAUGCCUUCAUCUACGAUGCUGCUGUGUUGAACUACAUGGCCGGGAGGGACGAGGGCUGUAAACUGGUGACCAUCGGCAGCGGGAAGGUGUUCGCCACCACCGGUUACGGCAUCGCCAUCCAGAAGGACUCUGGCUGGAAGAGAGCAGUGGACCUGGCCAUCCUCAUGCUGUUCGGCGAUGGUAAACCUUCAGCUGACAUGCGUCAUCCUAGUCUGACAGUAGAGUAG